AUGCCAUGUGCGCAUCACUACCGGCACUCCUCCACUGCCCAUACACUAUGCAUCCCAAGUAGUACUAGUGAGUCAGUGUCGGAGUUUCUUUGUAGAGAUUUGAAGUACAACCAACUUACUGGGCCUAUUCCAGCCGCAUUUGGGAGUCUUUCUGGACUGCAAAUCAUCAAUAUUGAUGGCAACGAUGUCACUUGUCCUGCUGACAACACUAGCUGCAGCCAAACCCCAGUGGCAGAGGCAGCGAUGUGCUGGAUGUGUGACACCUUCACCUUUUGUAUUACAUGUUUAUCUGGAGGUGCAUCUGGAGGUGGAGCUGGUACUCCCUCCUCCCCUUCUGCCUCACCGCCACCACCUAAGCCUGCUGGUUCUCUCGCUCCACCGGUCAGUGUCGUGGCCGCUGCCAUUGCUGUUGCACUCACCUCACUGCUCUUCGUGUAG